AUGGACAAUCUUAUUUCGCCUCCGGUUGUGCUUCUCGAAGCAAUGUAUGAUGAUGAUCUGGCAGGAAUAACAGGGUACUGGAAUCGUCGUUUCAGCUAUGAUGUGUUGGUGCGCAUUGACCGCGGAUAUCGACUGGUUGGUCUGGACUGCCACUACCAUUAUGGUGAUGUCUAUGAGUACCCUCGCGAAAUCUGUACCAACUGUUACUCGUAUGGAACAGUUGAUUGCUGCCACACCAAAUGGACCGUUGUCUCUAACGGCAGGAGUUAUUUGACUUCACGUAUCUACCGUGGGAAGUUUUCAGCUGCUUCUAUCCCAUUCACGACUAUGAAUCUAUAUUCGUGCACGAAUCCCGUAGCGAAUUUACUUUAUACAUUCCGGAAUCAGCUAAAGCAUGAGCUGAUUAAGAUAAACAGUCAAUGUACUAUCAAGCGCAUGAAUCCUCUCAAGAAGCAAAGUGGUCUCUUUGGGUCUGUGCGCAGCAAAAUUGGCAUUCGAUAUACGCAGUAUAUAUCCCACCCAAACUCAAUGUCUUUCUCGUUCGGCUCAACGCAAAACGAUCUGACUACCGUGAAGAUGCGCACGCUGGUGGGUUUUGGAUCGCCACUGCCGCCAAUGCCACAAGAGAAGAUCCUAGCUGCUAGAAAAGCUUGGAUUGAAGUGUAG